AUGGCCAUGGCAUUGCCUACAACAUCAAGAAAUAGUUUGAAACAGGUUGAAUGGAUGUGGAAGUCAAAUCCAAAUCCAUGGUCUGAAUCAGAAUCAGCUAUAUGGAGUCAUUAUUCAGAUGUGGAAAAUCUAAUUAUCGAAGAAGCAUUUACAGACCAACAAUCAUUAGCACUCUUAGAUGAUUAUUGUAUUGAUUUUCAAAAAAAUCUUCAAGUAUCCAACAUUGAUGGUAACAAACGAAGGCCUGUUAAACGCGUCGUGCGUAAAAGAGAAGAUAAACAUCUAAGAGAAGAACGUUUUGUAGAUCUUCCUGUUUCUACGGCACGUUCGUUUGGUGGUCAAUAUGGUUGGAUGUCGCCAUUUGUAGUUGAAGUUCGAAGAGAUUUAGGUCUUAAAAUAGAUGAAUUACCUUCGAAAAAGCCAACUAUGGUACCAAUGCUUGUUGAAAAAGCAGCUCGUGGUAUAAUUGAAGAAGGCAAAUAUCUCAAGAAAGAACGAGAAGCAGAAAAAAUGGCAAAUAUGCUUAGAGAAAAAAAGAACCAAGACAUGAAAGAAAUAUGGAAAUGUUGUGCUUAUCUUUACUCCUUAGAAAGUUUUCUAUAUAAAACUUUGAAUGCAGCCAUGAGAUUAGUAGGAGAUGAAAAGCACGAAAAUGUAUGGCGAAGUAAAAUUCGUACAUUAGGUCCAUUUUGUUUACUACUGUGGGAUGAUCCAAUUAAUAUAAAAACAAAAAGGGGAACAACACUUUACCGAGGAGCUCAAUUGACUCCUGAACAAAUUGCUUCCUAUGAAGAUAUGGCCAAAAACUCAAGUAAACUUGGAUCAUUUCAAGCUUUUUCAUCAUGUAGCCGAAAUCGUGAAAAAGCAGAAGAAUUUGGUAAUACUUUAUUUAUUAUGAAAUUAGACCAUGCUUUUACUGCUGAUCUUCGUGAAUUAUCUGAAUAUCCGAAUGAAGAAGAGGAACUGAUUAUACCAGGUGUUUUUUUUAGUGUGGAAAAAUAUUAUAUAUUUACACUUAUGCAUUGGGAAAGUAAAUCAAAUGAUAUGGAAAUAUUGCCACGUCCUUAA